CGACAGCUGGUCCGAACCUGCUCUAGUUUUUAUAUUGUAACGGUAACGGUUUCAGUGGUUAGUCUCGAGUUUCAACCUUCCAUCUAUGGCUGUGCUCUCCUUGCAAUUCCUCCAAAUUCCCCCUUUUUCUUCCCUAAAAAUAACCCUUACUUCCCUUUCCAAACCACGAAUUGGUGUUUCUUUGAGCUCAGGAUGGUUAAUGGAGAAAACCACCUUUGGAGUUUCUUCAAUGGCGGGCUUAUUUCUAGUGAGAUGCAGAUCUGAAGAGAGGGAAGCCAUCGGUGAACCAGGAAUUAAGGAGCUUUUAUCUGGAAUGGUGGAUAAGAGGGUUGAAGAGCUUCUGAACAAGGAAGAGAACAAGGAGAUUCUUGGAGACUUGGAAGAGGCGAUUAGGAGAGUGGAUGAUGCGAAAAUGGAGCUUAAAAUCAUAGAAAAACAGCAAAGGGAGACUCAGGAAAUGAAGGCCUACAUACGAAAGAUGGAGGAGAGAUCCUUAGAGAUUGCAGAGUGUCAGAGGGACUUGUUAGCAGCAAAAGUCAUGGUGGAGGAAGCUGAACGUUCGUUAUCACAGAGCAUAGAUGGACUGAACUCAGGCAAUGAGCUUUUAGAGGGUGAAAUAGAUGAGAUGGAUAGAGAAAGAGAGAGGUUGGAGUCAGUAAAAGCAUCGUUAGUGUCAUCCUUUGUGGGUUUGAUCGCCUCCCUCCCUGUUUCCUUUUCUCGGCCGGUCAGUGGUCUGCAGCUUUCACUACAUUUGGCAUUUGCUUUUGUGGGUUGUGCUUUGUUUGGUGUGACCUUCCGCUAUGCUGUGAGGAGGGACUUAGAUAACAUUCAACUGAAAACAGGAACAGUGACUGCUUUUGGUUUGAUAAAAGGUUUGGCUGGACUAGAAGCAGGACUUCCCCCCAAUUUUGACGGUGAGAAAUUAUGGUCACUUGCCUAUGAAGGGGCUCUCCUCGUCUCUGAGAAUAUUUUUAUUUUCUUAUUUGCCAGCAUUGCUCUAGAUUUUUGCUUUAAAACAAGCCUUCUUAGCCCUUUCCCGAUCCAAAAACGGCUUUCUGGAGCAGAUCUGACUUCAGAUUUGUGAGGCCAUUUUUGGACUUCAGAUUCAUGUAUAAUUUUGUCAAGUUAAACUACUGUCGAAAAUGGGAACAAAA